AUGGAUGACAAAGCUAAUUUUACGCCUGGAUGUAUGUAUUGGGUUAAAUUGUCUUCUUUUCCUUGGUGGCCAUGUAUGAUAUGUGCUAGCCCUGAUGGCGAUGGCUAUUCAAAAGCUUUGAAAAGUUGUAAUAAAUUCCACGUUCAAUUUUUCGGGCCUGAUCUCGAGAGGGCUUGGAUUACUGAAAGCAAUCUAAUUCCAUAUCAACCAAAGUCCGUUUUCCAAGGUAUUCUUGCUAAAAGACGCAAAGAUAAUCCGUCGCAAUCUGCCAAAUAUGAGUUAAAAAUUUCGAAUCACUUUAAAAAAAGAUGGGAAGAAGCUUGCAAAGAUGCAGACAUGGCUUUUGUAUACGAAAAAGCGGAGCGGAUUAGACGGUUUAGCCGGUUUGCAAUUCCAAAAGAAACUUUGCAUGAGCCAGCUGGUUCGGAAAUCACUUUAAAUGAUGUUGAAGGUCUUCCACUUACCUUAGAAGAGGAGCUUGAGAGUCUCAAUCUUUUUCUCUCCCGGGAAAUGGCUUUAAGACUUCAAUCUCAGCCUGAUGUUGAUAAAGUUCAACUUGAUGCUGAACUUCGUCAUCACUGGAAUAAUCUUAAUAUUUCUUCAAAGCGUUCAUUUUUAAAUAAACAAUCGCCUCUGGUUAUUGAAGCCAUGCCAAGAAAGUCGUCGCGAAAAUCUCAACUCUCUAGGCCCCCCUCUCCUAAGGAAUCACCCAAGGCGAAGCUCAAAAGGGUGGUUAAAGAUGAUACGCCCAAGGUAGAAAUCGACAGAUUAACAACCUCGCCCGGUGCUUUUGUGGUUUCACCUGCUUGUGAUAAUCAUCUUCACUAUAGCAGUGAUGAUGAGUAUGAAGAGUCAGAUUUAAUCAAGUGUACUGGUCUCUGCGAACGAUAUUUUCAUCCUGGUUGCGUUACAGGAGAUAUUGGCAGUAGUAAAGAUCUCGAAGAUCCAUCGAAAUUCAAAUGCAUGUCAUGCCGCGCUAAACGUGUUCUUUGUCGUGUUUGUUUUAAACCCGUGGACGACGAGGAAAAGGAAAAGUGUCAAAUGCAAGACUGUGGAAAGCACUUCCAUUACAAAUGUAUCUCCUCCAUUUCCGGUGUAAUAAUAAAGAAUGAUUGCAUUCAACGAUGUCCCUCCCAUGUUUGUGUUAGUUGUUUCCUUGAAGAUCAGGAUGUGUCCACUGCCCCGUACAACGAACUCAUUCACUGUAAACGAUGCUGCCGGGCUUACCAUCCUAAUGAUCUUUGUGUACCAGCUGGUUCGGAGGAAAUAAAUCUCUCCUUCAUCAUGUGCCCCAUUCAUAUGGACCCGGGAAGGAAGACAAUUUAUCCUACUGGCUUUUGCCUUAUUUGUAAAGGCCCUAAACCUCCCAGAUUCAACUGCAGCACCUGUCCUAGAACAUUCCAUCCGGCAUGUCUUGGAUUAGAAAACGCUCCGGCGACCUACGAGUGUGAUGAUUGUCGCUCAGAUAAUCUGCCACGUUAUGCCCAGAUCGUUUGGAUGAAGUCCACAGCUUGUCGUUGGUGGCCCUGCGAGUUAAUCCAUCCUCGCAAUGCUCCCAUGAAUCUCUCCCAGUUGAAGCACGCCCCGAGCGAAUUUCUGGUGCACUAUAUUGGCUCUACGGACUACGGUUGGGUCUCUAGGUCUCAAACCAUUCCCUAUAGGAGUGGGAUUAAUUCACCUUUGAAUAAUCCCAUCGGCAACGCUAACGUUAGCAGGGAUAAAAUGUUCAACAGAGGCAUCCGUCUGGCAAAGGUAUUCUAUGAUGUCUACGUGAGCAUCCUACUGAGACGCGGUCUCCCUGUUAAGUCAGUGAAGGAAUCCCCCCUUAAUGAUGAAGAACUCGCUGAACAGAUAACCUCUGAAUGUGCUGCUGUGUUGGGUAUCCUUGAUCAAAGUGAAGCAGAAGCGAAAGCUUUAAAACAAGCCAAGGAGAAAUUUGAAAGCGUCAGUGAGAACAUUAUAGCUUCUGAACAAUUGAAACUGAUACAACAGCCCCUUCCUGAUACUGUGUGCGACUGUGCUAGCAAGGACAGACAGUGCACACAAGACUCUGAGUGUCGUAAUGUCCUGGAAAGUAUUGAAUGCAAUCCCAAGGUGUGCAGUGUCAUGGCAGAAGAUGCAUCUUUUGACUGUGGGAAUAAGAAAUUCACUAAAGGACCAGCGAAAGUUCAGAGUUUUCUCACUACCAAUAAAGGGGUCGGACUCAAGGUGCUUGAAGAUGUUCACGAAGGCAGCUUUAUAAUUGAGUAUAUCGGUGAGGUGAUAGAUGCAGCGGGAGAAGCUAAUAGACGUCUUUCGAAGGCCGUGAUUGAAUGUUCGAGGGAAGGUUCAAAAGCGAUCAGUACAGAUUUACUUCGUGGGACCUACCUCCUCCAGUUCACACCCGAUCUUGUAAUCGACGCUGAAAGAUUUGGCAACUAUGCGCGUUUUAUCAACCAUUCCUGCGAACCUAAUGCCAAACCGAAGGUUGUCAAUGUGGAUGGAACUCUUCGACUGUGCAUUGUGGCUCUUGGAAAUGUGAAGGCCAAUGAGGAGGUAACAAUUGACUACUGCGCAUCUAAUCUUCUGGACGCCUAUUUCCUUCUACCAACCACAGUUUGCGUUUGUGACAAGCCAAAAUGCAGUGUCUCUCUUGGGAUGGCCAAACAAUUUUACAGUUCAAAAUAUACCUCAAGUGAGAGAGUUGCGAUGGUGGAAGAUGAUGAUGAUGAUGCCUGUAGCAGUGUGACGACAGAAGCGGCGUCUACAAAAGAGAAGGAUCAGGAAUUAAUGGCCCCUCCUGCUGUACCCUCUCGUCGCGCAGAUUCACAAGCGGGUUCGGUGGCAUCAACAACAUCUCGGAGAAGCGUUAGACAGUCACUCAAGACUGACGCGGCUAGUAAUGAGAAUCAACCUCCUCCUGCUCCCCAGGCCAAAUUCACUUUUAAGAAACCCGAUAUGGAACAGAAGAUUUCUGUGGUGAAAAGCCGUCGUACUGGGCAAGUAAAACAUGACAUCGAAUGUUACAGAUGCCAAGAUGGUGGAGAGUUGAUAAUGUGCGGCAAAAUCGACUGUCCUCGGGUCUAUCAUAUAGGCUGCUUGGGCUUAGCCAAAGCCCCAACAGCGGCUCUAUGGUUUUGCCCUUGGCAUUUUUGUGACAUAUGUGGCAAGUGGGCCAGCCACCAGUGCUAUCUUUGUACAAACUCCUACUGUAAGGAUCACGUGAUGGAGAAUGGUCGGGAAAUGAUUAGAGUUCGCGAUGUGGAUAGGGAAAACUAUGAGUAUAUGACGAGAUUGCUAAAUACUCCUGAAUUUGAGAAUUCGGCAGUGAGGGAGGAGCUUAUGACGGCUAAUGCAAUGAGAGUUUUGUGGGUAUGUCAUGGACACUUUGUGAGGAAUGAUGGAGGGGAAGAGGAUAUUAAACCGGAGAGAAAUGAAGAGCAGAUGGACUUGGAUCCCACUCCCUCUCUUGAGGGUGUUUCAACAGAAGUGGUAGCCGAUCCCGUUUUGCCUAUCCCUGAGUCUUCGGCUCCAGUGGUAGCUGAGAGUGGAAUGGAAGAAAGUGCGGAGACCAAGAUGGAUGUGUUGUAG